CGCGUGCCCGACACAGACUCAGAUCCUUUCACAGCUCGCGAACACGGAUUGCAGGAACAUGAUGCAGACUCUGUAUAAUUUGUCUGAUCUGAGAGAGUCGAGGUUUGGUCAGCCUCCUCCCAGACACGGUCUGAACUUGCUGUGGUGGUUUGCUCAUGAAUGUGUUGAUAUUGACUCCAAUGGUCGUAUAAUUGCACUCUGCAACCCUGCAAAUAGAGAUUUUGGCUUUUGUCUAUUCCAUAAUAGGGAAGGACUUCUUCCUUACUCGAAUCUUCCGUACUAUGAGGUGGGCAACCUGAACACCCCUGACUCACUGCCUGAAUAUGUCACUGAGGAUGACACAGGACGAUCAGAUGAUGACAGCAACACAGAUCGCAUCAUUGUUUCAUUUAAAUCUCACUGGUCCACUCCACGAUUCGACAGGAUUUAUGUGACACAGCACUCAGAUCCAGUGAACUUUGACCAGAAUCACACCUACUGCAUUCGCAUUAAACUCAUCAAGGCCAUUAAAAGGUUAAGCAGAAACAAAUUCCUCAGGAAAACUUUGAAUGAUUCUUAUCAGAUUAUUAUAGAACCGUGUUGCAGACGCUCACAGUCUCCAUCUGCAGCUCAGUCACGGUCAGUGAAGAGUGAACUCAAUCAGAGUCAAAGGUCACACUCAUCCAUCAAUGAUGUCUGUGAGAAAUGCUGCUAUGUGCUGGUGAUGUUAUUGAUAAUAUUUGCUGUCUUGAUUUUCUUGAUAAAAGUGUCUGCUAAAUGA